AUUAUUAUUAUUAUUAUUAUAUUAUAGCAUUAAUAAAUAGAUUACAUAAUAGGCAAUCAUCAAAUGAAAAAUCUAUAAAUCAAUAUAAUGAUAAUCAAUUAUCUAAUGAUAAAGAUGAUCAUUUAGAUGUAUUAGAUAAUCAUCAACAAAUUAAUGAUCAACUUAUGACAUCAUUAAAAUUAAUUAAAAAUCUCCCUAAUUAUGAAGAUUUAUAUCAUGAUCAUAAUAAUGAUAUGAAUGAUUAUCAAGAAUAUAAACAAACUAUACAACAAAUUAAUUCUAUCUUAUCAAAUCCAAUAAUCAAUAAUCCAAAUUAUACCGAAGAAGAAUUAAAUAAAGAACUUGAAAAACUACUUCAAACAGUUUAAAUAAGAACAGGUCAUCUAAAUCAGUCAUAUUAAAUGUUGAAUUAAUAGAAAAUCUUAACAAUAUUGGUACAAGGAGGCACCAAAUACAUACACGCCAAACAAAUCGCAUUUGAUUUGUGUGAGGGCUGUGAUACUGCCCGGGUGCCCAAGCCGAAGCAGGUGGUUUACUUAGGGGCCACACACAGAGCAUUCGAUCUAAAGGUCUGACCCACAAGGCAAUGGAGCAACGUAAGGAGUUACAGUCUCAUGGUAGCCGGUGACUAACGAUUGGUUCAUACGCCAUUCGUUCCUUCAGGAUACUGGAGCCCAUGUGCACCACUGGUUUGGAAUCAGGGUUUUCCAACUCCCCUAGGUGGACUCUCCAUGUCCACCAACCCGGUUAAAGUGUCAGACAUUCGCUUCUCAUUCUCUCAAGUUCGUAAACAACACAAGAACAUCGAGAAGGAAGUGAGUAAGAUUCCCCUGGCAGAGGCUAUGUACGUGUGGCCUUGUUGGAGCAUCUCAAGAGUGCGAGCGGACUCUCCGCACCGUCGGCCGUAUCACGGCAUUUGGGGGCAAUCAAAAUUCUACAAUUAAACUAUCUAAUAAUCAAUCUAUCUCAAUUAUAUUAAAAUGUGGAUCUGUAAUUAUCAUAUUCAAAUAAAUUAUUUGAUACUGAAUUAUUGCACUGACCAUGUUUCGUCUGUAAUAUUAAUCUAGAAUGAGUCUUAUAUAGAUAUCAUCAACUUAUGUAAAGUAGAAUAGGUAAUAAACACCUAGAAGAAGAUGAUACACGAAUAUUUAUGGAAUGGAUCAGUUAAAAUUCAAUUUUUUUUCGAAAAAAAUUAUUAUCAUUAAUUUAAUUUCUUACACAAUGUAACGGAUGUUUGACAAAUUUUAUAUAAGUGACAUACUACUUGAUUAAUUUAAGUAGGCGGAAAUAUUUAACAGAUAUUUUGGAGCUUUUGUUGUUGUUGUUGCAAAUAUCAUUUAAAAAUAGGUUUCAACUAUUUAUAGAAAAAACAAAUAAACAAAUAUAACAAACAUUGUAAAACGAUUGAUAUUCAACGUCUAUUACUUUAGCUUUCAAUUCAGUAAAGUAGAAAGUUGUUUAAACUACUCAGUUUCAUAUAAUUUUAACAUUUACUUUCAUUAAGAACUUUCCUCUAAAUUUGAACGAAUAGUUUCACAAUAUUUGGGCGACGAGUUCAUGUGAGACGUUAAAGAGGAAUAAUAUAUUUUCUUGAGAAAGCUUGGACCAGAUUGUCAAGUGAAAUGUUGGAUUUACUUCAAAUUCUUUGCUGAGAUUUUACAAAUACAUUCUUCCUCUUUAAGUUAUUUUCAUUGUUCAAUAUCACUUUGAUGCGUUUAAGAAGAGAGAGUUUUAUUUUUUAUUUUACACUUAAAUCUAUUAUAUAUUAUUCAGUUUUUUAUCGAUGUCUUAUGAAAAAAGAUCAUUAUGUUAUACCUUUUUUUGACUAAGCAUUUUUAUAAUUUUCAUUAUUGACCAUAUAUGAUCCAGAAUUCAGUUAUUUUUGAAAA